UCUUCAAUUGUUUGACAACUGAAGCACUGCAAUAAACGGCGGGAUAACAGCACAAACACAUGAAACAAUAUUAACUUAAGAUAGAGACGUAGAUAGGGGAUUGUCUGGUUCAAAAAUAUAUUGUGGCGAGAGCAUAACACCAGUUACAAGCUAAGAAGGUACAACGAUGAGUGGAGAUCAAAAAGUUAUGAAGAAAAAGUACCGACUGGUGGCUCCCGAUGGGGGCUGGGGCUACAUGAUAUGUGUCGCCGUUACUAUUUUGAAUAUAACGAGUAUGAGCUUUAUGCCAUGUCUCGGGUUGAUCUUUAACGACUUGUUCAUAGAGUUGAAAAUUGGUUCCACUGGGUUUGCUCUCAUGAAUGGGUUAGCGAGUGUCGCUUUCUCCAUAGCAGCGUACGCUGCUGGCCCGCUGUUCAAAGUGAUGAACUUCAGACAGAUGUCGGUGCUGGGCUCUGCGCUGAACGUGUUGGGCUGCCUCGGCACCUACCUCGCCAAGUCUGACGUCUCCUUCUAUAUCUGGCAGACUAUCGCGGGCGCUGGCGGCGGGUUCCUGUACAACGUGUCUUGUACCGUCAUUAAUUCUUACUUUGUCAAGAAAAGAUUGCUCUCUAUUAGUGUUACACAAUUUUUUCCAGCGUUCACGGGCAUGGUGACCCCUCUCCUGGUCAAGUGGAUGCUGGAGGAGUACGGCUGCCGCGGCACGCUGCUCAUCAUGGCGGGAGUCAACCUGGAGAACUUCGUGGCGGCCGCGCUCAUCCAGCCCGUUGAGUGGCACUUGGUCAAGGAGGAGGUGGAUGAGGAGGAGGAGGAAGAACUGUUGGUUACAAAACCUGAACAAGAAAAGACCGUAGUUAUAAAAAUAAAGGAUGAUGGCAGCACAAAGGAGUCAAGCUCAUCGCCAGAGAAGUGUGACGACACAAACAUCAAGUGUAAACACAAGGGGCGACUGAGAACAAUAACGGACAUGCUCCACCUGAAUCUCCUCACCAACUUCGCUGUGAUCAGCAUCUGCAUGGGGCUGUCGUUCAGUGGCUUCUGCGACUUCACCUUCUGGCUGAUGCUACCGCAGGCACUCAUUGCCAUGAAUAUGGAUAAGCAAACGAUAGCGUGGACGAUGACGCUCUACUCGUGCACGGACGUGGCCACGCGCGUGUGUCUCAUGGUCUUCAACAAGCUGUUCGCCAGGAUCGGGAGCAAGAACAUCUACAUGAUCGGACUGGCUCUUGCUUUCGUCACUAGAAUUGCAAUGCUGGGCACGGAGAACGUGACCUUAAUAAUCACGUACCUGUCCAUCAUGGGCACGUCCCGGUGCAUCAUCACGACGCUGAUGCCGCUAGUGCUGGCCGACUGUGUGGAGCAGGACCUGUUCGCGCAGGCGCUGGGGAUCCUGAUGCUCAUAUUUGGACUGAGCAAUAUUCUGCUCGGACCUGUUAUUGGUGCUAUCCGAGAUAUGACCAACAGCUACGCAGCAUCAUUUUACAUUUUGACGUCAUUCUACGCAAUUGUACUACUGUUUUGGAGCAUAGAGAUGUGUGUUUUAAGAAAUAGAAAGAAAGAAUUAAAACAACAAAAGAUACUAAUGAAAUCAAAUAAACCGAAAUGAAGACUGAA